UCCAGAGCCAUCUUUCUGUCUGGCUCUCCUCUUUGAUAAACUGCAACCUUCUUUCUAAAGCAGUCGCCAUGUUGUUUAUUCCCAGCUUGGACAACCAUGAUGAAGACUUUUCCUUCAACAUAUGCCUUGUAUAUAAUUGGAGGAGUGUUGUGGCAAGUUACUUUUACCCCACUGCCUUUCCUUCACUGUUGCAGCAAUUUUGAACCUUAAGAGGCAGAAACAGGAAAUGCAUCAAUCAAGAUCAUUAAUGCACCAAAGAUACCAGGGGCCACAGUAUGAAAGAUCCUUUCAAUUACUUUUAACAACAGAAAAAAUCCUGCCACUAAAGAUGCAGAUUCAAACAUGCAGAUUCUUCCUUGAAAUCUAGAAAACAGUACAGUAUUAGCUAAAAGAAUCCUUUAACAUGCAUAUGGGGCUGUUUUAAAAACAACACAAAUAUAUUGUUAUUGAUAUUUGUUAGAUUCAUAGCCCACACUUUCUCGAGAAGCUCCAGGUUAUUUAACGUGAGAGAGUCCAGUCAUUUUAUACUCAAGCUGAGAGAACACAAGUAGCCCAAUGUCAUCCAAUGAGUUUCCAUAAUUCAAAGUGGAUUAGAAUCUGGAUUUCCCCGAUACUAGUCAAUACUUUAUCAUUACACCAGAGUCUGGGGCCUAGAUAGCACAAUAUGGUAUACAUAUUGUGGAAAGUCAGCACCCACCCACCUUCCUAGAGAAGAAAAUAUUUGAGGUGAUAUUAAAAAGGCAUAAUAUUAUAUUUACCCAAAGGAAUAAUGGAGAAAAAAAUCAUAGACAAAAACAGUCUCCCUGCCCCAGGCAGAAACUGAACAGGCCAGCUUUUAGAAAUGCAGAUUUGGUAAUCUAUUCAGGAAGACUUGGUCAAUCUAUUCAUAAGAUAAAUGCAUUUAGAUACAACUCCCAUAGAUAGAGGACUGGAACUGAGGGGAUUAGAAAAAGAAAGAUUCCAAGGGCAGGACAUGACCUUUAGGACAUAAUAGGAUUAACCCAGCGCCAUUAGAAUACCAAAAGGGCACAGGUCAAAGUACAUUGCACAGGAACAGGCAUUUAAAAUACAAAGCCCAAGAAGGUAUAAAAACCCACCCACUCUCAAUUCCAGUUGGUCAACUGUGCCAGAACCACAUGAUUGCUGAUUCUGCUUAUCAAUAAAGAGAUCUUCUUUCAAAAGCAGCCUCUGUUUUAUUCCCAGCUUGGAACUGGAGUUGGUUUGUCUUCCCACAGUAUGUUAAUUAAAAACAAUCAAUUUGUGAUUGAAUAUGUAAUGAACCAGGCCAAUGUAUGUGCUCAUAUCCUGCUAACCAGUAAGAUAUUCUAUUUUAUUUUGGUUUAGUGUGUCUCAGAGAUUAUAGUAAUAAAUUACUGUACUGUACCAUAAAUUGUUGGGUUCUCCCUUUUUAUAUUGCUGUGCCUUUUAUUUUGUAGUUCUAUUGAUUCUUUCAUAUUAUUCUAUGCACUGUAUUUUUAAAAAUGUGCUUGCAAUUUUACGAUUAAAAAAAUAACUUGGAAUUGAUUCACCAUCAGCUAUCCAUGGUUGUUAAUGAGCAGUCCUGUCUUCGGUUAUCUCACAUAUGUGCUGUCCUAGAUGUGUCAAUAGCAUUGCUGCUGUUUACAGCUAUUCCAGGGGCAAAAACAAGGGCAAAAUGGGCUUUCUGAAAAUUGAAAUAGAUUAAAAAUCACUUGAGCACAAUGUUUCAAGAUUGGCUAUCUAGACUUGCCAAAUUAAAUAUAAAAAAUGAGUGAGCUAAAAAAAAUAAAUCUUAACCAGUGUCAUCUUUCACUAUGAGCAAGAAUAACUAAUAGUUUUGUUCUUAAUUAUAAAAUAAAAACUUCAUCUAUAAAUGAUAUACAUUUAUAAUGCUUCAUAUGAAAUAGUAUGUAUUUGUUGAGAGUUGGGUGAAAUCUAGAGCUCAUUUGCCCUUUCCUUCACUUUUGAAACAAUCCCUGAAUUUUGCUUCUCACAGAAAUGCCAUCAUUCCCAGGGUUCUAACCUUAUUAGAAUAUAGAUCUAAAAUAUGGGAUUUCAGCAGUCAGACAGCUUUAGCAUAUAUCAUUACAGUGUUGGUAUAAGAAUCCAGUUCUUUUUUUUAUAUCAAAUACAACAUGAAUUAAUCAAUUCAUGAUACAACAGAAUGCAAAUAAAUGUUCUAUCAGUCACAGUCUUAGGGCAUGUGGGGAGUUGUGGAAGCAAUUGUCACUAAGGAAACCUAGAUAGAUUUCAGAGUACAGCUCCACAGACACCCUGCUGUGAAACCCUCUGGUUGAAGUUGGACUCCAUAGAGCCCUUCAACUGUUAACUACUAUCCUGCACAGCAGAAUUCUUGCCUAGAUUUUGUCACCUUGGUGGUGGUACAGCUGCCAAAGCUAGUUAUUGGUGACUUCAAACUGUAGAAUUUGGAGCAGCUCAAGAAUUCAUGACAAUUCUUGACUUGAGCAUUGGAGAUUGCAUAUUGGUCUGGUUUCUGUCUUGGGGUAGUGUGAUAGAAUAUGCACCUGGAGAAGCCAUGCAUGGAAUUUUGGCAGCACAGAGCUUUUUCAAGGUGGAGGCAGUACAUUCUAAAGAGAAACCCAAAUUUAAAAGUCUGUGCAGUCUUGAACUAAGAGGAAGGGGGAAGGAGAUGUUUACGGUAGCCACAUCCUAGAAUUUCUCAAGAUGUAUCUAUUAGUAUGGAUGGAUAUAGCUUUAGUUCGGCAAGAUUCUGUCCAUUAGCUGUAAGCAAAUAAAUGAUUGGGCUCAAUUGGAUUUCACUGUCAUCUUUCAACUUGGGCCUAACAAAUAGUUGCGUUGUGAGCUGGUAAUCAAAGUCCUUGCUAUGGGUGGGUCACUCUGUGAUUGCUUUUACUUGACUGGUUAGGGUUCCAGAAGGGUUUUAGAAGGAUGGGUUCCAGAAAUUGCUUAGCGGUUUUUUUUUGAGUUUUCAGCAGACAGUUCAAUUGAGUCCUUUGUUGCACUCUAAAAUAGGCAUGGAUUUAGAUUGGAUUGUUUCUAUAUAGCCUCUGACUGUAGUCCAUCCUGGGUGUUUCUUGGUUUUCUGAGAAGCUCCAGGAGAUGAAAUAGCAGAAGAGAUGCUAAGAGUGACAAUGGAGAAAGAUAAAGAGUAAAACCUUUACUACAGGCUUCCUACAGAUAAGAACCCAUUGUGGCAAAAAAAGCAACAAAAUGUGAGUAUUUUUUCUGCUGUUAUCAUAACCACAAUUAGCUGUCCAGCAGCCCUUUAUAAGGUGCCCAUUCAUUGCUGCAGAGAACAGGCUACAAGAACGUUUGAAGAGGCUCUGUGAAGAAUAAUUUAGGCAUCUGGAAUAAAGUCACUCAGAUCCAUUUGGAAUCAUCCAUUUGGAUGAUGGAAGCACAAUCUUGCAUGCUUAGCUGGGUUGAGUCUUGUUCAGGAGACAUUUUUACCUUAUUAGUUCUUUAUCCAGAAUUCAUAGCUAACAAUACAUUACUGUUGAAAUGUUGUUUAUCGCUAGGCUGGCUGGACAAAUUAAGGAAGAAAGAUCUGGUGGGAUAUAUGAGCAAGAUGGUGCUACUGACCUUAUGACCUACUGGAUGCUUCUUAUAGGUGUUGGUUAAUCACUGUAGGAAUAGAAUGGUGGACCAAUUCACCAAAUGUUUUAGUAUUAUAGCUCUCACCACCUCUUGCCAUUGGCUAUUGAUGUCCAAAUAUGGCAAUGGGGAGUGCUGGCAAUUGAUGUCUAACUUUUACCUUCUUCUAAGUCUUUGAUAUAAUCCAAGCUGACUCUUAUUACAGCCUAACACAUAGCAGAUGACAACAUAAUACUUUCCAGAGGUACGAUAUUUCUUUAGGUUUUCUAAGUAAUGGGGAGGUUGUGGUCAAUUGUGUAAGAAGAUCUUAUUGUUCUUAUUAAGAGUCUUUUGCCCAGGGACAUAUAUGAGUUGUUGAUUUUUUAGGUUUCAUCCUGUUUUUAUUAUUCUUGACCCAUGUAGGUGUUUCCAUUCCAUCUUUAAUAUCCUGAUCACAGAUGUUUAAUUUCUGAGUUUAGCUAGCUAAUUUAUAUUUAGCAAAAAGUUUUACACUCAUAAAUUAGUACAUUCCAGCAACUAGAAUGUAGCUCUGUAAAAGCGUAUUCUCUUAACCUGUUUGAACUAGGUCUUUUGUUUCGCAAUAAUGGAUUCAUAUGCAAAUCUAGAGGAAUUUUAAUUUGGUUUUAAAACAUUUUUCUCUGGUGCACAAGAAGAUGGUGUACAGGAAGAUGUUGCAAUGUUGUAAGGGAGAAGUGACAACUUUAGUUCACUUUUAAAAAGGGCUUUGAAAUUCUGUGGGCAAAAACUUAAGAACAUUUACACCUGCUCAGGUUUAUACUUCAGCUGAAAUCAUACCUAGAGCACCUGGGCCUGACCUACGUUAUCCAUGCACUUGCUUCUUUGUCAGAGCAUUUGUAAUGAAUGUUGUGGAGGGCUGCCUUUGAAUGACAGUGUUCCCUUCUGUAAGCACUACCCUUUUCUGCAACACCCUCUUCUGAAAACCGGAAGCGUUGUUAGUAUUCUGUGAGCUAAGUGAAACAAAUGUCAAAGUUCAACAACUGGGCGUGAGAAGGAACUUAAAACUGCUAUCAGUUGGUAAUAUUUUCCGAAUAGCUGUCUCAAAACAAACUGCAGUCAAACCAAGGUAGCCUUCAUCAUUCAGUGCACUACUAGACUUGAUUAAAUUCAGACUCAAAGAACCAUCUGAUCUCACCAAUGGAUUUUUUGGAGAAUAACCGUGAACAGCUUAUUCAAACAAUGAAGAGGACAACUAUCAUGAAAAUUGUAGAUUGUCUUUUUGCAAAAUCUGUUUUGUCAUGUGAAGAAAAAGAUAGUAUCAUGUGCCAAAAAGUAAAUCAGGAUGCGUCAAGAAAAUUGAUAUGUUCCAUUUUGGAAAAAGGUGACAAAGCCUGUGAUAUUUUGGUGACAUCACUGGAGAAAAUAGAUUUUUUCCUGUUUAAGAAACUACAGGGAUCCCAUACAGAUGGGCAAGUUACACAACAGGAUGUCAAUUGCUUGGCUCAGGAUUUAGCUAGCUUAUAUAGGAAUCCAUCCUUUGAACGUUUUCAUCCACUAGGUGGAGAAAUUGAUAUCAUCUUUAAUUUGAAGAAUACCUAUACAGAUAUCUUGCUUUGGAAGAAAGAUAUCCAUAAUUCCCGAUUGGUGCAAAUGACUUUAAAUGCCCUUUUAGAUGAACUGGAAAGUCCCUGUGUCAUAGAGGGGGAGGCUGGAAAAGGAAAAACGACUCUUCUCAAAAAAAUUGCUUUACUCUGGGCUAGUGAAGAUCAUCCUUCUCUGAUGCCGUUCAAGCUUGUCUUCUUCAUCAGCCUGAGUGGGGUGGAGGCAGGACUAUAUGAGACCAUAUGUGAGCAGCUUCUUAAGAAGAACUAUAGAAUAUGUAAAGAAGACUUUAUGGAGAUAUUAGAAUUGCUAGCGGAAAAAGUCCUUUUCCUUUUAGAUGGAUAUGAUGAAUUCAAAUCUCAGAGCUGCCCAGAAAUAGAAGCGCUGAUAAAAGAAAGUCAUAAAUUCAAGAACACAGUUAUUGUUACUACAAGGACAGAGUCAAUUCGAAGACUGAGGCUGUUUGGGUCACUGAUUGCUGAGACAGGUGAUCUAACAGUGGAAAGUGCAAAAAAACUAGUUAAAAAUGUAUUGAAGGAAGCCACAUUAGCUGAGGGCCUGCUGUCUCAAUUGGAGAGUUUAGAUUCCACUUUUCAGAAUUCAGGGAUUCAGUUUGAGAACCUUAUGAGGACCCCUUUAUUUGUCAUUAUUGCUUGUGCCAUCCAAAUGGGAGAAUCCACUUUUACUCCACAUACACAAACCAUUCUGUUCUCCACCUUAUACGAUUUGCUAGUAAAGAAAAACAAGUACAAGAUCAGAGAGACAAGUGACAAACAUUUUCGGCUCAGCUUAAUUCACUGUGGAAAUUUAGCUUUGGAUGGAAUCUUUGAGCAAAAAUUUGUUUUUCAUCCCGAGGAUUUCUCAAGCGUGAAAGAAAAAGUGCUGUUAACUAUAGGUCUUAUGCACAAGUACACAGCUCAGAGACUAAAAGAAGCAUAUACGUUUUUUCAUAAAUCUUUCCAAGAAUAUAUUGCAGGUAGAAGACUUUCCAGACUAUUGAGAUCCCAUAGGGAUGAGGAAGUAACCAGAGGGUUCAGUUAUCUCCAAAGGAUUAGCAGUUUCUCAGAUAUAAUUACCACUUACCACAGUUUACUUCUGUAUACCUGUGGAUCGUCUUCUGAAGCCACCAGAAAAAUUAUCAGGCAUUUAUCAGCCAUUCAUCAGCAGGGCAGUCUUUUUGGAUUGCCUUUGGCUCGUGAUUUAUUUCCAGAAGAACUCACGAAAUACGAACGAAUUGCUGAAGAAGAGCAAGGGUUAAUAGCAACUCGGGAAAAUUCAUUUGUGGAGUGUGCUAUUAGAUUCCUUUAUGAAAGCAUCUCUGAAACAACUGUAAAGGAGGAGUUUGAGGAAUUCUUCUAUGAUAAAAAAUUGUACAUCAAUACCCAGAGCAUUCCCACCUAUGUCUGUGGGUUUUUUGACUACUUUUCUAACUGUGUAAGUAUGUUAGAAGUCAUCAAAUUAGACUUUUUUGGUAAUUCAUCAGCUACAAGGACAGCAUGGAAAACUGUUAUCCCCGAAAAGGCAGUGUCCUUAUUCUUCAAUUGGGUUCGAAAGCUCAGAGGUUUAGAAAUUACAUUAAAAGAUUUCAAUCAAUUAGAAAAGGGUGAUGUUAAGUAUCUGGAAAAAAUAUGCUGCUCUGCCUCAAGUCUGAGACUGAUCAUCAACAAAUGUGCUGGCCUCACAGGAAAGUUGAGGGAAGUCCUCAAUAGCUGUACAAAUCUGCAGGAUCUUAUUGUAGAGUCCACACCUCUUAGCAUGGAAGAUGAACAACAGAUAACCAAAAUGAUGGUACUGAAAACUAUAAAGAUAAAAGACCUGCAAAGUGAAAACCAGCAUGGGGGCCUUCUUGAUGGAAUAUCUACUCUUACUAAUGUGGAAAAAAUUAUAUUUGAUAAUGUCCAGAUGAAUGAGAACACUGCUGACAAAUUAGCUGAAGGAUUAAAGAAUUUGAAAAAAUUGAAUUCCUUGCAGUUGAAAGAGCUUACACAUGUUGGAAAUGGAAUGAUAAGUAUAGUAAAAUCAAUAUCCUUAUAUCUUCAAGAACUGGAAGAAAUUUAUUUAGUUAACUGCUGCAUUUCGGGGACUGCUGUAGAAAUUCUAGUUCAGAAUAUUUGCAAUUUACCCAAACUUUCUGCUCUUGAUUUAUCCAACAAUUAUUUGGCAAAUGGAGGAAAAGAAGCCCUUUGUCAAUUAGUUGAAAGCUUAAAUGUCCUACCAAACAUGAGGAUUCUGAUGUUCCCUUGGGUGGAUGAAGUGAAUGAUUGCCUUGUUAAGUUAGAGGAGUUAAAGAGUAUGCCACAGUUGACCAAACUUGGGCUAAGGAAAUGGCAAACUACCAACUCUGACGCCAGAAUUCUGAAUGGUUAAAAAAUAAGAAUUCCACAUCAAUCCGACAUCUCCAUGCUGUGAGAAUGGAACAAACCUAGGGAAAAAGUAUACUGCAUAUACCGGUAUUCCAAGAAACUGCAGCACUAUAUAACAGUGGCCUCCUGCAUGAUAUCUUUCAAAAGACAUCAACAGUUUUGUCCAUUUGAAGAUGAUUAAAAUGUUCAAAACAGGGAUGAAAAUGUUCCCUGGGUUCUUAGUAAAAUUUGUUAUAAAAUUCUCUCAUAUUUGUUCUUUUUUAUUAUAGAAAAGCAGUUGUGCUGCAGUGGGAACUGUCAUCCAUAUUAAGCAUGUAAAGCAUAAAUGCUGGUCUUUAGCACUUCACAGCAUAGUGGCUGGUAACUAAUUUACAGAUAUAUUACCAACUAAAUUACCUUCUCCAAUCCAGGUUUGUUGAACUAUGACUUGGUUCACACAGAAUUCUAAACAAAUAAUUUCUUGUCCAAUGUUAUUAUUGAGUUCACGCAUCAUGAGAGGCAAAAACAAAACUCAUCAUAUUAUGGCGCAAUAUAUCUUUUCCCAGUUUAAAGCCAUCCUAGAUUAUUUUAACCAGUCUCUUUCAGAUUACAACUCCUAACUAAGCUCUUGGAAUUUUCAAAUAAGAUAGUGUGGACAAUACAUAUUACCUCAGACUCCUUAUCUCUCAGUAAGUCACUCAUUUUAUUUCUUUUCUGGAUACCAUCAGCUGUCACAAGACAUUAUAAAUCUGGACCUGAAAAGUGCAUAUUAGCUCCACAAAUGGAAGUGUGGUUUGGAAAACUACAUACACAAACACAAUUAUCAGACCUCUCCAUCAGACUGUGAACAAAUAGUGUAGCCAUUCCCAACCACGUGCCCUCUAGAUGAAAUCAAAUACGGCUAAAGAACACCAAGCGAGCAAGCACAUUCUGGCAAUACAUCUUCCAUGGCUACCUAUGCAAAAUUCGUGCUUAUUCUGCUACAGACUCUUUCUUUCCACACCUAGCC